AUGAUUGAAAAUACACCUCGAAUGAUACACGCCCAAGAAGGGGAUAAUUUAUACUCAAUUGCCUUAAAGUAUAAUACAUCCCCAUCAUAUCUUCAAGUGAUUAAUAACAUAUAUCCGCCUUUAAUCACAAAAGGUACUGAUAUUCUUUUAGGUUCAGUUGAAGACGUUGCAAAUGCUCAUCAUUCAUUCUACGUAGUCUUUACAUCUAACAAUAUUGAGUAUCCUGGUACUAUUACAGUUCUCCCAGACUCGUUCGUUUUUGAGCAGAGGCAAAUGUCGCUCACUUCACCUAAGCUUGUUUACCCAAUAAACAUCGUUAGUAUCGUCCAAUCAUCCCUAUUCCCACAUCCGUCUAUAAAUUCAAGGAGUUACAAUGAUCCUGCUCAGCCAGCGAUUUUAAUUAUUUGUUUUCUCGCUGAUCCUUUCAAUCAAAAGAAUGUCGAAGUUGCUACAUUUGAAGGCCCAAGAGCCGAGCUAGAUGCGUUAUACAUUUUAAUACAAUCAAGAGCCAAAAAUCGUCAAUCUAAAAUUAAAUUCAAUAUUACAGAACAUGCACAACAUGCUGCUGAACUUAAGACCAUUGAUUCUCUAGAGGAGCAUAAUAAGCCAGCUUAUCUCAGAUCCAAAGCUGUAAUCAGAGCCCAACAAGUUAUUUUCGGAGAAUCUAAGAUUUUAGAUAUGGUCGAUAUAUUUUCAAUACGUAGAGAACUUCCGUACAGAUUUCGUGCUCUGGCAUGGACAAAAAUUUUCGGCGUCAAAAAUUUUCUCACUGGGUUUUCGUCUAUCAAUCCCAGCUCAUUAUAUACGCAACCAAUCAAAAAUCUGAUAUGGGAGUCCAAGGCUAACUUUUUGUUGUCUACCUAA